AUUAAAACCAGAUUACCACAGAUCUAAACCGGAAGUGAGAUAGUGACCCGAUUCAUGUAAAAGGUAUUCCCGGAAGAUACGUUUCGUCGAUGAUGAUGUACUAAAUUAGGUGGAUCGGCCCCUCUCUCAGUAGGAAUGCCGGGCGGAGUGGACUAUGGGGAGUUUGGGGGUAGCCUUCCUGCCAUCGCCUCUCUGAAUGCGUCCUACUCCACCACUGUAUCCCUCCCCUCCCCCCACUACCUGGUGGUGCCCCCUGGGGAGAAGAAGGUCAUCUCAGACGUCCGUCGCACCUUUUGCCUCUUUGUCACCUUUGACCUCCUCUUCAUCUCCCUGCUGUGGAUCAUCGAGCUCAAUCUCCUUGCCUUGUUUCGUUUCCUGUGUCUCCAGUUGGGCUAUGCUGCUCUGCGUCUGAGGCACUGGUGGGUCAUUGCGAUCACCACUCUAGUGACCAGCUCCUUCCUUGUAGCCAAAGUCAUUCUCUCCAAUCUGCUAUCCCAGAAUGCCUUUGGCUACGUGUUGCCCAUCACAUCCUUUGUGGUGGCGUGGCUGGAGACGUGGUUCCUGGAUUUCAAGGUGCUCUCCAUAGAGGCUGGUGAUGAGAGAGCCUACCUAGCAGCAGUGAACGCAGCGUCGGAGCGAGCUCCCAUGAUCUACCCUCGCGCUGUGUCUGAAGGACAGUUCUACUCUCCACCUGAAUCCCUCGCAGGGUCUGAGGAGGACCUGGAUGAGGAGGGGCUGGGUCGCAGGGCAGUCUCCCCCCAGGAGAAGGCGCUGGUGAGGCAGGGUAAAGAGGCCAUGGCCGUGGUGGAACAGAUCCUGGCCCAGGAGGAGAACUGGAAGUUUGAGAAGAACAAUGACGCGGGGGAUUCUGUGUACACACUGGAGAUCCCCUUCCAUGGAAAGACCUUCAUUCUCAAGGCCUUCAUGCAGUGUCCUGCAGAGCUGGUGUACCAGGAGGUGAUCUUACAGCCAGAGAAGAUGGUCCAGUGGAACAAAACUGUUUCUGGCUGCCAGAUCCUCCAGAGGGUGGAUGACAACACCCUGGUGUCGUACGAUAUCUCUUCCGGGGCAGCAGGGGGGGUAGUGUCUGCCAGGGACUUUGUGAAUGUGAGGCGGGUGGAACGCAAACGAGACUGCUACAUCUCUGCUGGCAUGGCAACCGACCACGACGCCAAGCCUCCGCACAGUCGCUAUGUCAGAGGUGAGAAUGGUCCAGGCGGGUUUGUGGUCCUGAAGUCCAGCAGUAACCCCUCGGUUUGUACCUUUAUCUGGGUGCUCAACACAGACCUCAAGGGUCGACUGCCCCGCUACCUUAUCCACCAGAGUCUGGCUGCCACCAUGUUUGAGUUUAUGGCCCAUCUACGCCAGCGCAUCCGUGACCUGCGGUCCACUCGCUAGAUGUCCUCUCACUUACUUCCUGUAGGGAAGCUAGAUGCUUGCAACCCACAGCGCCACCGCAGGUUUGGUGGUGUCAUUGCAGAUUUUUGGGAACACCUACAGUUGGAAGUGCACCUGAGACUUAUGGUGGAUAUCAAACUUACUUAGACUAGAGGAAAGUCAACAGCAUAGAGGAUGGGAGACUGGUGUGUCUGUACUUUCACCUGUCUUUUAGACGUCAGGAGGUCUGGGGCUGUCAGAGGAGAUGUUCCUCCUCUCCCAUGGACUCCAUGAUGUUUUUAACAUAGUUACACACGUUUUUCUGUAACUUUUCUGCUGUUUCUCUCACUGAUGCCAGUGUUGGCUGCAUCUCCCUCCAGCCAAGAAGUCUAACAGUAUUGAAAGUGUAAUGGAGGUCAGACUAGGACUAUGCUUGAUGAGACUUGAUGAAGACCGCUAACGCUAACUCUGAGCCUUAUUCUAUCGCACAUUUAUGUUCGCCAUUGACUGGCUGUUAUGCUUUUUUGUUGUUUUUCCACUGUCUUCACUGUCAUUCUCUGGUAACCGGGGAAACCGCUACACAUGACCACAUCGUAAACAAAAAUUUAACUGUUGGAACACAAUGAACCCACGGCGUGUCCCUUUUGUCCUCGUUGACCCUCACUGCACUGUGAUCCAUUGAAGCUGACUGUAGGAGUGCUGUAGUCCUCCAGCCACUAGGGGGCGACACCACCACGGAUCUACUAACAACGGGAGACAACCUACUUAAUGGAGCUCAAGAUGGGUGGUUGUGAUGACUUAUCAGUCGCUCAUGGGUUCAUAAAGAGUUUCAGAUACUCUACUCUUCUGGGCCAAGCCUUUAGUGGCCUUUUUAGCUAGAGGGAAUCCAACUGCCCUAAAUUAUGGUUGAUCUCAAUUGUAACUGUUUUGGUAAGUGUAUUGCAGCCUUCUGAGAUAAGCCUUUACAGCAGACAAACUGUAGAUGGAGAAGUGGCAGUAAAUUAAUGAUGUGAUUCUUUAUGUUAAACAUUUAUCAUUGUGGUGGAUGCAGUAUUGAAAUUGGCUAUAAUCGGAAUUCUGAUUCUCUGUAUGUAAUAAAAAUGACAGUUCCCCAAUGGCAAAGUAUGCUGCUUUGCAUAUCACAAUCACAACCAAUCAGCCUGCUGUGUGCAUGUCGAUGCAGCGCUGAAUGUCUGGUAUGUCAAGUCAUUGAACAUUAUGCUUGUGAGAACUCAUGUUCCCCUCUAAUGCCUUGCAGUCCUGUGAAAAUACAAGUCGGACUUGUUCUGUUUUGGGCUCCACUCUAUUUUAGGGCCCUAGUUAACAGGCUUAGCUACAUCAUUAUUGUAUCAGAACAGAAACAAGACAAGUUGAACAAAGAAACAAAAUGUAAAAAAAAAAAAAAAAAUGUAUGAAAGUGAAAAUAAGGUCUUUGAUAAAGUGAAAAUAAGGUCUUUGAUUUCCAUGAAGGAGGAAAAAGUCUGAAGAUAAUUUGAACAGUUUGCCAUCUGUGUGAGUGGGAGUUUCACACUUAAACCAGUUCUGUAAAUCUCUUAACUAAUAAUUGGGCAGAGAAAGCUGUUGGUUGGUUUGGUGCCUUUGUCACAGUGACAGAAAUGGGCAUAUAGUGUCACUGUGACCACACUUUAACUGUUAGGACUUAUCUAUUACUAGAAUAUCACUUGUUUGCUAAAGGUAUGUGUUGCAAAGUUGUUUCAUUUUCAGUUGUGUAUGUUUUAAUUUCUAUGAUUGUUCUGUUUUGAAAUCAUACAAACUGCUGAUCAUUUACAAAAAUGUGUCAAUUUAUGAUCGUCUUCAAAUAUUUUACCAGGAUACUGAACAACUAUUUUUUUUAACAGAAGAUUAGCCCGCCUUGAAUCUCUAAUAAAAUGUUGAAAAGA